UGAAGGAGAAAUGGCAAGGAGAGCAGACGAAGAGUACGAUUACUUGUUCAAGAUUGUGUUAAUCGGAGAUUCUGGAGUUGGCAAAUCCAAUUUGCUCUCCAGAUUCACUAGAAAUGAGUUCUGUUUGGAGUCUAAAUCAACUAUCGGCGUUGAAUUUGCCACUCGUACUCUCAAGGUAGAGGGAAGGAUCAUUAAGUCUCAGAUCUGGGACACGGCUGGACAGGAGAGAUAUAGAGCCAUUACAAGUGCAUACUAUAGGGGUGCUCUUGGUGCUCUUCUGGUAUAUGAUGUGACAAAACCCAUUUCCUUUGAAAAUGUCAGCCGGUGGUUAAAGGAACUGAGGGAUCAUGCAGACUCCAAUAUUGUGAUUAUGCUGAUUGGAAACAAGACAGAUCUGAAGCAUCUGCGAGCAGUUGCUACAGAGGAUGCUCAAAGCUAUGCUGAAAGAGAAGGGCUUUCUUUCAUAGAAACAUCAGCCUUGGAGGCAACAAAUGUUGAGAAGGCUUUCCAGAUGAAUCUUUCGGAAAUUUAUCGGAUAAUCAGUAAGAAGUCACUCUCUUCAGAAAACCCUGCACCUGCUAACAUUAAAGAAGGGAAGACUCUUGUUGUUGGAGCAGAGGAGAUAAACACCAAGAAAGCUUGUUGCUCUGCAUCUUAAUGAUUCAUCACUUCUUUCAAUCCGCUGUUUGAUUCCUUAUUUUCAAUCGAUUGCUUUUAUAUUUGUUUUAUAUUUUCUAUCAAUUGUCUUGAUCCUUUUGUUAUAAUUAUUGUAAUUAAAUUUUGAACUUGUUCUUGAUUUAUUCUAUGU